AUCCUUGCGCACCGUACCUACCCACGAUGCAGCGCGGCUGCAUACAACAUAGCCAUCUUGUCAAGAGUGUCUGAGUGAGGGAGGUAACUGUGGGCGCUGUUGGGAUUCUCACUUGUUUUAAACAGCGAAAUUUAUGAUCGUUUUUUUCCCUCCGCCAGCGUUAGCUUGAACGUAAGUGUCGCCACCGAGUGACUGUAAGCUGGUGAAGUGAGCGGCUACGACGGUCUGCUUCGGAGAAGAUGUCUCACAGACUUGUCCCGACGUAGGGGGAGUGUGCAGCUAGCUCGGUGAGUGGAGGGCUGUGGGCCCUCCUCAGCCUAAAGUAGCGGCUGCAGCUGGGCAACACACUCUGCGACAGCGGCCGUUUGACAACUGCACAGCCGGGAGACUAGCAGGCCGGUCCGGACUGACGGAAAACUCUGCGUCAGUCAUCGUACAGGCUGUUGGGGUCAGUGUCUGAAGCCGCAUUGCUUCGUGUCGUUACGUUAUGAGCUCAUGAAACGCAACAGGAGACCGACAGAAGAAGAGGGAUGGCGCAGAUUCAUCUCGACUACAGUUAGCCAGGCGAAGUAAAACAGAUGCAAGUGUGCUGUUUUGAUAUGAUUUAACGUUUUGGAAACUGCAGCCAGCUCUUCCCCCCUUUUUUUGACGGAGGAUAAACAUAGCCAUACGAGACUUGGAAUCAAGGCUGUCAAUAUGUCGAAAAUGCCGGCCAAGAAGAAGAGCUGCUUUCAGAUCACCAGUGUGACACAGGCCCAGGUGGCGGCUGUAGGUGCUGCCGACGACACGGAGAGCCUGGACGACCCAGACGAGUCACGGACUGAAGAUAUGUCGUCGGAAAUAUACGACAUGUCACGGGCUGAGUACGAGCCAGCGUGUGACAGAAGUUCAUCAGAAGAAGCCCUGAAUAAUGUUGGUGAGCCAGAGGCGACCGGCGUUAUGGCCCCAUCACACAUACCUCAAGCCGGGCAGUUACCUGCGCUGUCAAGCAACACCGUGGGGGAGUUUCGAAAGGUGGGUUCAACUCACGGUGGUCAACAGCCGCCGGGGAUUGGCGUCACAACCGGUUUAAACCCUAUCACUCAGCCUGGGGCAAUGCAGCAACAGCCUGCUCCAGCAGCCAGUGUGUCAGUAAACACAUCCCAACCAGCCACAGUGACCAGUUCAGCUCCUCCUCCUGCCACCUCCACGGCAAGCUUCACUUCACGCUUCAGGGUCAUUAAACUCGAUCAUGGUACUGGAGAACCCUUUCGGAGAGGCAGGUGGACGUGCACAGAGUUUUAUGAGAAAGACUCUGAGGGUUCUGUAGUUAGUAGGACUGUAGAUAGCAUUAGACAUGCCAGUGCAACACUGGACCCUGCUGCGGACAGAGACAGUGGGCUCGGGCAUACAGGAGGCUCUGUGGUUGCCCUGGCAACACACUCAGGUCAGGGCUUGGGCUCCAUGGCGGAUGCUUCACUCUCCUCACCCCGCAUGCAUUCAGUGGAGACACUACCGCAGCAGCAGCAGCAGCAGCAACAGAUCCAUCAUCAAAACUACAGCACCCGGCAACAGGGUGUUAGUGGGUCUGUUACACAGAGUGCGUUCUCCAGCAGCAAGCCCACAGCUGUCCCACAGCAGCAGGCUCAGCCAACCGUGGGAAGUCUCCAGCCCUCUGCACCCCAGAGUGUGCUGCCUGUCGGACAAAACGGCCUGCCUCAGUCUGUUCUCCACUUACAGAAGUCCCCCAUAAUGCCCCCUUCAGCCCAGCCCAUCGCUUACCCUCCCCAGCAGCAGCAGCAGCAGCAGCCACAGCAGCUUCCUAUGGGGCACCACCUGACCAGCCAGUCGCCUGGAUUGAUACAGAACCAAACGGAGUACUAUCAGCAGCAGCAGCAGCAGCAGCCAGCUUCCAUGCAGCCAGGGCUUCCCACUGGCCAGCCACUGUCAGUAUCCAGUCUGGCUGCGGGGCUACAGAAUGUAGGACAAGGACCCUCUUCGGUCAUGCCUCCAGGCUCUGGAGGGGCUUCGGUGCCAAGUCAGGUCGGAGAUGUUGCUGGAGCCGGAGGAGGAUCUGUACCUACUCCGAGCCUCUUGCAGCAGCAGACUGGAGGAAUGGGAGGUGUCAUGGGCUCCAUACUGGUUGGAGGAUCCACUUUGCAGCAGCAGACUGUCGGUCAGUACGCCGCCGCUGGACAGCCUCAACCACAGGGCCUCCACCCUGCAUCCUCCGGUGUACAAAAUGUGCCUGCCAUCGCAGCGAGCUCCAGUGUGCCCACCACCGUGCCCGCUGCUGUGCCCAGUGCCUCCAGUGCAGCCAUGCCAAAUGUGACGACUUCCAGUUUGCCAGCUCAGAUACUCCACGGCAAGACUCCGGGGGCUUUGGGGGCACAGGGUCUCCCAGCAACUGGAUUUGGACUGGUGGAGGGUGGCAGUGGAAGGAAGUCAGAGGGUCUCUUCAACACACAUUCUCCUGUUGUCCCUGGGAAGGAAGCGGUGAAGCCCUUCAUGCCUGAGGGCCUGCAGCUCGCCACUCCGACUGUCAACAGCCUGUUUGGAAUCCACAUACCUGUGGACGGGGAUGAGGACAGGAACCCCUCCAAGGCUUUCUACCAGGCCUUCCAGUCUGGCAGCAGAUUAAGGGACUCAAAGGCCCACAGUGAUAGUGCCUCUGGAACCAAUGUUGUUGCCAUUGAUAAUAAAAUUGAACAGGCAAUGGACCUGGUGAAAAGCCAUCUGAUGUAUGCGGUGCGUGAAGAGGUGGAGGUCUUAAAGGAGCAGAUCAAGGAGCUGUUUGAGAGGAACUCUGUGCUGGAGAGGGAGAACGCUGUGUUGAAAUCUCUGGCCAACAGCGAGCAGCUGUCUCAGCUGCCUGCCCAGUCGGCCACCAGCUCCGGCACCACGCCCCCCCUGCAAGGACUCAGCCAGCCUCAGGCGCUGUCCCAGCAGCAGGCCCAGCAGCAGGCCCAGCCUCCACUUCAAGCUCAGCCGCAGUCGCAGUCGCACCCCCAGCUCCAACCCCACCCCAAACCCCAGCAGCUCCAGACUCAGCUCGAUCCCAGCCAACAGCUGCAACCCAACGUCACCUCCGCUUGAAGUGCAUCUGCCCUGCUUCGCAUAGGGCAGAAAAAAAAAAGAAAAGAAAAAAGAAGAGCAUCUUCUCUACAACUUAUUACAAUUAGUGUAUGUGAAAUUAAAAAGAAGAAAAAAAAACAAACUUUGUCUUCUUAGCCACCAGCUUGACCACAAAGUACAGUGCUUGUGAGUGUGCGUGCGUGCGUGCGUGUGUAUGUGUGUCCAUGUCAGGGUGAGUUCGCAAACAGGCGUGACUGUGAAUCGGUGUCGGAAUGUAAGUGUGUAUGCAUCUGUACUGUGGGCCUUUCCAGUGUUAAUGCAAUCAUCGAGAGAGAGACAGAGAGACUUGGAUAGAGAGAGAAAGUGUGUGUAGAGACAGAGUGUCAGGGAAGGUUCUGGGUGUUUAUUUGGAUCUUGGCCAGCUUCCCGGAUUGGUUGACCGCUGGGUCCAAGCUUGUGGGACAGGAUGCUUCUUCUCAGACGAAGCCUGAGCCAGACCGACCCGCGACCUGACCUGAAACCUGCUUUCAACCCACGGGUGUGGAAAGGGAGGAGUUCGCAUCACAUAAGGGACAAACAGGAGUGAUUGUCAAAAGAGAGCGAUAUUUUUUUAAAUGAGAUAAUUGAGUGGGGUAAAGGGGCAUUUUUAGCCUUGCUGUUUCAUGUUAUAACGUAAGAAGUGGGAGAGAGAGAGAGAGAGAGAGUCUGUUUUUUCGGAGCGCUACCGCUGCCGUUACUUUCACAUGAAGUCCAACCCUUGCAUCAGUCUUUUUUUGAGUUCUACUGUUAAGUGUUUUAUUUAUUACGGGGCUGCUAUUUUCAUAAAUGAACAAUUUCACGAAACCUGCUUAACAGUAGCCCGUUGACUUAUUUCCUCUUUUCCUUUACAGUGUUUCAAACGAUAGGCCACACUUCCCAGGGGCAAUGCUUUAUAUGGAAUUGCUAAAAAAAAAAAAAAAAAAUGUGGGCAAAAAGAAAUUCUGACAAAUGUUUAACACUAACUCAAAUUUUACGCUGCAGUUGCCAAUUCAUAGCUCAAGUCAAGAUCCAGUAUGAAUGUACAUUUUUUUUGUAUAGUAUAAAGUAUUAAGAGCCUUGAUGGGUGACUCUUCACCUGUUGAUAUCAAAUCUUAACGUGAGUCAACAGAAGGCAUUUGAUGAAGAUUGAAUUCUGUUGCUAGUUAAUCUAAGAGUGAAUUUAGUAUUGCCAUACCCCCCUUCCUUACUUCAUGUUUUUUUUUCUCCAAUGUUUUUCCUGAGGGGGCCAGGGGGGGAAAAGCUGUGAAAUCAUUCAACCUACUUUGUAACCAAAGAUGCAAAGCUGUGUAAAUUGAUUACUUUUAAAUGCACACUCAUGUUUUUGUUUUUUUUUUUUUGUUACUUCCUCCAUCACAAAAUAUUUUGUUGCUGUUCAGCAUGUUCUGCAUGAUCUGUAAUCUUCAAACCACUUUCUUACCUCAUUUUUAUUCAGCACUCUUAUUGUAAGAUAGUCUGUGAACAGUGUAAAUGGGGGUGAGGGGGGGGGGGGGAAACGAUGUCGAGCAGAGUGUUGGCGGCGGCAGAGAGAAAAAUAACCUAGUGUUACUGACACUAGUCACAGAAAAUGAAGUGAGCCAUGUUUUGUUCAUUUAAAUGGUGUUUGAAUUUCAUAUGCCAAUAGUUUUGUUACAUUGCAAAUUUUAAUGUAUUUAAAUAAAAGCAAUAUUCAGA